UUUUCAUGGUCAAGUCAUAUUAUUAUAGUUUAGAAUUUAAGAUAUUAUGAUUUAUGAUUUUAUGAAACAACCAUUUGUUAACCAACUAGUUACUACUUAAGAUUUUUUUUUACUUAAACUUUAUAUUAAUUAGCGUAUUGUUUUAUUCAUGAAAUAUGGAGCAACGACAGUUCCAAAAAAUAUUAGACAAGGCGACAUACGAAGAAAUUUGUACCUGUGUGGAUGAAUUAAUCGACUGCAAGGAACUGAAUAGAUACCAUUCAAUCGAAAGAACUAUAAAGUCAAAGUAUGAACACAUAGAUCCUAGAAGUCUACAAAGUAUUAUAGAUCAACGAGUACAAAAGUACACCGUUCAAAGACAUCGAUCUGUGUUCAGCGGAUCACUCUACACUAAAUAUAAAGAUAUAGAGGACAAAUCAAAAUUUCCAUUAUUAGACUUAUCGGAUAAUUUAAAAAUGCCUGCAAUGUUAGUUGCUAAAGCUUUAGUUCAGGAAAAAAUGCGAAUAGAAAAACAACACAGCGAAAGUACUCAAUCUACGAAUGAAAUAUCUAAUAUAACUACAAACACAAGCGUUAACGAACUGUCUAGCGCCACUAUAAAUACUACGCUUAAUGAUACUCUAACGACAGAAGAAAACCUUUUGUCACAGUUACAGUGGCUUUCGAAUGCUAUAACAUCGAAGGUAAACAAACAAAAAGAGGAAAACAAAAAUAGUAGUUUUAUCGGCGAAGAAAACUUAUCACUUAACUCGUCUACUACUUCUACAUUGUCUUGUAACCAUUCAAAUCAUCGUCUUACAACAAAUACAUAUCUAAUUAAAGAUGAUCCAGUAUUAGCUUAUCAAGUAUUUGUGUGUUCCGUCAUGGAUUCAUAUUAUGGAAGUUGUGCUGAACAAUUAAAAAGCCUCAAUGGAAAAAGAUAUGAACAUAUUUUACGUCAAAAAAUUAAUAAAUAUACAGAUUUAAACCACGCUCUUUAUUGGACUGAAAGUCAGUGUCGUGCUCGGGGUCUAGACAUGACUCCUGAUAUUGUACUUCAUGAACCGGUUGCUUUAGUACAAAAUGAGGAUAAAACCUUUUUUGUUAAUUGGAUUGAAUCCAAAGCUAUGUUUGGAUGUGAAGGUUCUCGUACUAGAGGAGCAUUUCAAAAACAACUUUUUCCCUAUUGGAAUAGGUAUGGUCCAGGUGUUGUUGUUUAUUGGUUUGGGUAUGUCGAUAACAAAACUCAGGACGGCGAUCUCUCAAAAUACUGUUUCUUAGCAGACGAUUGGCCUCCGAAAAACAGUAAAAUUUUGCGUUAUAACAAUAACCUUAAAAAAAAAGUCCAAGCACUUUAAAAAUUACAAAAUAGUCUUGUAUAUAAUAAUAAUAAUUAAAAAAAAUUUAAUUAUCAUCUAAAUGUAUUUCAAUGAAAUGUGUUAUUGUAGUACAAACAAUCUACCAUUAAUUCUACAUGCACAACCUAUUCAUUAUACCUAUUUAUAAAUAAUAUUAACUGAGGUAAUGUUAGCGGAUUGCUUUUAUCCGUGUAUAUUAAAUAUUUUUUUUUUUACACAUGACCCAAAUAAAACAACUUUUAAGUAUGGAUUUUAAAGACUAUUGUUUUUACAAACUUGAGAUCUACUAUACUGCUUCUUAUAUAAUGAACAGUAAAUAAGUACACCAAAUUAUUAAAGCAUACUGUUUUUUUUUGGACUUAAGUUAAAGUUAAAUUGUAGUAACUUUGUUAUAUAAUUUUUAAAUUAUAAAUUAAAAUGUAUUAUUACCACUUGUUUAUCCGUUUAUUGUUAAGCAUAUUAUUAAAUAAUUGCCUUUUU